GGGAGGAUAUAUUAUUUCUCUUUAUUCCGCGGAUGGGAAACCGCUAAAACUACCGAGUCUUCCUUUCACCACCACCCCCAUCCGGUUGGGCGAAUGGUACUGCCCCGUAAGCAUGGCCGCCGCCGCCGCCUCCUCAGCAGGCUCCGCGAACUCCUCUCCGGCCCCUGCUUGUCCCCUCCCCCGCGCUUCUCUUCAGAGGACGCUUCCCAUUGGCUGCGGUCUGGCGUCCAUGCCAAUCAGGAAGCGGCUUCCAUGGAGGAAGGGAAUAAAUACAAGAUGGCUGCUCAUAUAAAACCAGGCGUCGGGCUUCUCCCUGGUGAUGGGAGAAUAGAGGCUUUAAUCCGCGCGGGUGGAGUUUCUGGUCGCUACUGCUCGUACAGGCGGCCGAAGGGAGGAGGGGGGCUCGAGCCGCCGCGGGCCGAAGCCUCGCCUAGUCGCCAUCCCGCCCUCGGGCCGCGCCGCGCUUCCCGGAGGCCCAGGCCGGGGCCCUGUCCCCGCUCCUUCCUGCCAGCAGCGCGGUGGCUCCCUGCCUGCUCAGCCGGGCCUUAGCUCCGUCUCUCCUUCGCCAUGGCCGUCUCCAGGUCGGUGUGAGGUGGUGGGGGGAGGCGUGGGCUGAGGGGGCAGACGGUCUCCUAAGAGGGUUUCCGCCUCAUUCUUCGUUUCAUUGCUCUUUCCUCGGGUUGGUAUAGUAGCCUGGGAUAUCGGCAGGCGCCUGCCUUUUUUACUCCGGAGGGACGCCUCGUGGAGAGCUGGCUGCUCAUGGAGUCGUGGUAGGCAGGCAUCCCCCCCUCGCUUUUAUUGUUGCUAUUAUUUAUUGAAUUUAUAUACCGCCCUAUACCCGGAAUUCUAGAAGCUUUGUGGAGUCUAGAAGCAAGGAUGAGUGCAGGCGAAAGGAGCUUGGGUCCUGCACACACAUACACACACACCCUAAAGUUAGGGACUCCCGAAGCUUUAAGGGGGUCGGUGGGUGGUAGGUGUCAAACUUCAUUUCAACGUAACUUUAAGUGAGUUUGAAUAAAGAAGGGCCAUGGAGAAAUCUGAUGACACCCACACACAAUUAUGGUUUCUGGCUAAACGAAAAUGAAUGAGAAGUCAUCAAGGCUGUUAGGGUUUCCCUUUCUGAAUGCGUGCGCCUGUCUAUGCAUGGUGUGUGCACGGAGGCCUCCACUGUAUACGAAGAAGCUGUGCAUCAUGCCCUUCCCAGUGUUUGAGCAUCCUGGUGCAUGAGGUUCCCACAUAGUGAAGAUGCUUUCACUGUAGUCCUAAACCAAAUUAGGAACCUAGAAGCUGUUAACUUGUGGCCCAUUAUGUUCAUUUGGUCAGUGUUUUAUUUAUCACGAGUUUUCUUCAGGUUAUUCUUUCUGUUAAGCAGCAGUGCUGUUACCUUUCUUCAUAAAAAGCUGAUUUGAAAAACUUCUAGGAAAUUGUCAUAUCCAUCUAGUUGAGUAUUUCCUACACCAGGGAUGCAGAAUAUGUGGACUUUCAGCUGUCGCUGGACUAGAGUUCCUAUUAUCCCUGACUCUUGGCCAUGCUGUCUUGGACUGAUGAUGUUGGACUAUGACCAACACUGGGGGCAGGCACAGAUUCUGUGUCUUUAGACUAAUGACUGGUAGAAGCUCUCCAGGGUUUCAGACAGCCCUAUUUGGAAAUGGGUAUUCUAGGGAUUGAACCUGGGAACUGCAUGUGAACCAUGUGCUCAGCCUCUGUUAUAGCCCUCACCGUUUUUCUGAUCAUGUAAAUUAAAACCUAGCUGCCUUGUGCUACACUGGCUUGGCAAUAACUAGUGAGCUUCUGCCAGCAGUUAUUUACAUAAUUGUCUUGCUGUAACUUGUGACGAUACUUCUUGUUUAGUCAUGUCCAACUCUUCAUGACCCCAUGGACCAGAGCACGCCAGGCACUCCUGUCUUCCACUGCCUCCCGCAGUUUGGUCAAACUCAUGCUGGUAGCUUCGAGAACACUGUCCAACCAUCUCGUCCUCUGUCGUCCCCUUCUCCUUGUGCCCUGCCCUCCAUCUUUCCCAGCAUCAGGGUAUUUUCCAGGGAGUCUUCUCUUCUCAUGAGGUGGCCAAAGUAUUGGAGCCUCAACUUCAGGAUCUGUCCUUCCAGUGAGCACUCAGGGCUGAUUUCCUUAAGAAUGGAUAGGUUUGAUCUUCUUGCAGUCCAUGGGACUCUCAAGAGGCUCCUCCAGCACCAUAAUUCAAAAGCAUCAAUUCUUAGGCGAUCAGCCUUCUUUAUGGUCCAGCUCUCAUUCCAUACAUCACUACUGGGAAAACCAUAGCUUUAACUAUACGGACCUUUGCCGGCAAGGUGAUGUCUCUGCUUUUUAAGAUGCUUUAUAGAAUCAUGUAACUGGAGAGUUGGAAGGGACCACAAGAGUAACCUAGUCCAACCCCCAGCAAUGUAGCAAAUGCAACUAAAGAAUCACCAAGAGAUGGCCAAUCAACCACUGUUGAACAGCUUUUACAGUCAGAAAGUUCUUCCUAGGUGGAAUUUCCUUUCUUGUAAAUUGAAUCCAUUGGUUCAGGUCCUAGCUUCUGGAGCAUCAGAAAACAAGCUUGUUCCAUCUUGCAUGUGGCAGCUGUUCAGAUCUUUGAAGAUGGCUAUCGUAUCUCUUGUCUUUUCGCCAGGCUCAACAUACCCAACUCCCUCAACUGUUCCUCUUAAAGCUUGGCUUGCAGAACCUUGAUCCUCUUAGUCACCCUCCUCUGCAAGCAUCCCAGCUUGUCAAUAUCCUUCUUAAAUUGUGGUGCCUGGAACUGGACACAGUACUCUAGGUAGGGUCUGACCAAAGCAGAAUAGAAUGGUACUGUUACUUCCCUUGAUCUGGACACUAUACUUCUGUUGAUGCAGCCUAGAAUAGCAUUAGCUUUUUUUACUGCUUCAUCACACUAAUGUUAAGCUUGUGUUCUGCUAGACUCCUAGAUCCUUUUCCCAUAGCUCUCUAGUAGAGCAUAUGUUUUGCACGGAGAAGCAGCUUCAUUUAAAGGAGUGUUUUUCAACCUUAGGCCCCCAGAUAUCACAUUAUUAAGUUGUGGUUUAGUUAUAUACCAUGUUUUGGCUCAAGGGCCACCUCAAGCUGUGAGCAGCAUAUUAAUACCAAAGGGUACAGUAAAAAUACAAUAGAAAACAAUAGAAAAUCACCAAAUGUCCACCAAUCACCUUGAGCUCAUUGUUUUAUCACAGAGCAGCUCCCCAACAUUCUAGCUCUGCUGUUGGACUACAGUCCUCAUCAUCCCCAGCCAACUUAGCCAGUGGUAAGCGGGGGGAUGGUUGAAAGGAUCUUUAGUAGCAAGUUGACAAAAGUCACUGGAUAUUUCAAAUGUCUACUGCUAAUUUAUAUUUGAUUUUAUCCUGUGAACCAUCCUGAGAUCUUGUGAUGAAGGGCGGUAUAUAAAUCUAAUAAAUAAUAAAAUAUUCGUUAAACUUAGAUCUUGCCCUCCCCCCCCCAAGGGUCCCCAGGGUAAUAUCAGCAUAAACAAAAUAAUAUGCAGUAAUUGUCUGUCAUGAAAUUCCAAUGUCUAGCUAUCUGUAUUCCCUUCCAAGGGCCUGCAUAAACACUAACUUCUUCAAGUUCCACCUCAGUUUGGCAAAUGAAGGUCUACCAGAUCUCUCCCAGGAGAGAGUUCUAGAGGCAGGGUGCCACCACAGGGAAAGCCCUCUCUUGCAUUCCCAUCCUCCGUGCCAUCCAUGGUGGUUUCAUUAUGAGAAGGGUCUCACCCCCUGGUUAUAUACAUUGUGACUCAGGACAUAUAGAGAAAAGUACUUCUUCAGGUACUUGUGUCUCAAGUCGUAAAGGGCUUUGUACACUAGUACCAGCAUCCUGAAUUAGGCCUGGUACUGUGCUUUCACUGGCAUUCAGUACAGUGCUUUCAAAAUUGGGAGUGAUGUACAAUACUCUAGCAGCUGAACUCCCACAUUCUGCACCAGCUGCACCUUCCAGAUUGUUUUAAAGAGCAGCCCCACAUAGAGCACAUUGCAGUAAUCUGUAUGGGAGGUUAUUGGAACAUGGAUCACUGAGGUCUAAUUAAAUUGUUCUAAGAAAGGCCAUAGCUUGACCAAGACACAAUUGAAGUACGAAAUAGUGGGCCCAAAUAGUCAUCUCAGGUCAAGGCAGUUUGUUUGUUUUCCCUACUUUCUGUAACCUGCCAGUAAAGGUCAUUUGCAAAUUAGAAGAUGAUAGGUCUGAGUUAAUCAUGAUAUUCUUAACAUUAUAAAGCAGGCAUGGGGAGCCUUUGGGCCUCCAGAUAUUGCUGAACUGCAACUCCCAUGACAAUUGGCCAUACUGGCUUGGUCUGAUGGGAGUUGUAGUCCAAUGACAUUAGGAGAUCCAUGGAUUCGCAGUUUUAAAGCCACGAUUUCCUGAAGUGGUUGUACAUGUUUUAUACAAACAUUAAUGCUCACUAGCAGCUAAAGAAAAAUAGUCCCUUCUCAUUUGAAAGGUUGAAUUGAUUGUUCUGCGUCUUUUGCCCUAAGGUUUAUAAGACAUAAACCACUAUCUUGUGCUGUUAGAAAAUGAAUGAGAGAAAAAAUGAAGCUAUAUAAGAUUUUUAUUGGCUUAGUUAUGAAGCACCUACAAUUUUGUAAACAACAAUAGGUCUGGGAAAGUGGUGUAGGAGUUUGAGCAAUUAAACAUCCAAAGAAGACAGGAAACCAUGAAGUAGGGAACCUUGUGGUCAAAGUGAUACAAAAAUAGAAACUGAUGAAUAAAAUUGACGUCUUUGCCAAACAAAAAAAUCUAGCAGUUGUCUAUGGACCUUGUUGAUGGAUUUUCCAUCUCUUUCUGUUAGUAAUCACAGGCAUAAAAGAGUUUCCCCCUGUCUAAAUGAUGGCUCAUAUGUACCUCAUACUGUACAUGAAGAUGCUAUUUUUAAAAAAGCUGCAAUUGUAGCAUGAAACCACAAAGUAGCCACAUCUUGAUACAAAUUCUUCAACUCAUCCCUGCAAGUGUUGCAUAAAGCACAAAUUUUACAUACUAUGCAGAGAGAAACAAGUUUGCCAGCACAGAAACUACUGCCAACAGUUGCUGAGUAGCCAAACAUGGUGCCCCAAUAACAGCAGCAUUCUUGGGUAUAACGAGGCCCCCUUCAGCAAUUAUCAUUGUAGCUUGAAAUUGAACCAUUGUAUUAAUUUAAUUACAUCCCCAUGUAAGGCCAUUAAAGCCAUUCUAACACCUGGCAAAAAAAAAAUUGAAAUAGUGAGCCUCUGUGUGGCUUGUACCUAGUUGUUCUUAAAAUGACAGGUCCACACUGUCACUUGGUCUAAUGAAAAUAUUCAGAGACUUCGUUGGGAGUUUUUAAAAAGGUCUUAUGUUACUUUUGUUAGGCUUUUAGAUGGAGGUAACAGUGUUACUGUAAAAGGAAAUAAUAAGACUUUAAAAUGGAGCAAAAAUGCAAGAGACAACUAAAAUGUAUUGUGGUUCAGCAAAAAAUAUUGGUUCUUAUAUGUGUGUUAAAUAGUUUUAUUUUUUCUUGUAGUUAUCUAGAAAAUACUUUGACUGGUGGUUGUCAACAAACUCAUUAAUUGCAAACAUUGUUUUGUUAACUGUGGUCCAGAAUGGGUAGACUUUGAAGAAAGCACUCACUGUGCCUUUUCAUGGUAUAGGUGUGGGUUUUUGUUCUAGUCUAUUCUAUACAUAGUAACACUAUUUCACUAGAAUUUUGCUUAACUUUAUUAUUUAAUUUUCCAAAUUAGUAGAUUAUCUGGAUUUCUCAGUAAAAGUAUUUAAAAUGGUUUCACUAUUGACAUAUUCAUUCUGUUCCACUAGGAGCCAUAUUGAGAAAACUAAGAGUCAAAAAUAUGUUAAUUAUGAAUAGCAGUGUGUUCUUAAACUCUGCUUUAAGUAGGACUUGGUAUUGUGGGAGCUCAAAUCCACUGAUUUGUAUCUAUUCUUCCCAUGCCUGGAACAAAGAUCAUUGUCUUGGUUCUUGUUUCCCAUUCUGUGUCCUGCUUCCUCUUGCUCAAGGACACCCUGAAACUGACUAUGCCCAAAUGCCUUGUGUGUGAAGUGAUAGUGGAUGGGAGUGGGAGGCAGGAUAUGGGAGCGGGAGGUAGGAUAGAUAGUUAUCAAGUCUGUGAUGGAAUUGGUAUUAAUGGAAGAGUCUGAGUGCCCUCUCCCAUGUGUCUCUACUCAGUCUUCUGGGAAAAUCCUGUAAUUUCAUUGAUGUAUCACGCAUAGAGAUGUAAAAAUUUCUAUAAUUUUUAAGCCAUAAGGAAAAACAUUUCCCCAAGUCUCCCCCCCCCCCCGAAAUAACCAAUUUUGGGGAAAUUGAAAUAUAAACAGUACCAUUUAAAAUUUAAAUAUAAACAGUAACCAUUUAAAAUCAGGAAGAACUGGUUAAGUAACAGAAGAGUAGCAGUAAAUGGGACAGUCUUUCUCUGAUGGAGGGCUGUAUGAAGUAGAGUUUUCCAACGAUUGGUAUUGGGGCCUAUUCUUAUUGAUUUCUUCAUAACUGAGGUGAGCAGUGGGACAGCAAAGUUUGCUGAUGAUACUUAAUAGUUCAGGGUGAUUAAAACAAAAAGGGAUUGCAUGUUGAAGCAGAAAAACAUUAUUUUCACAUAUGCACUCACAGGGUGUGAACUGGCAGUGACUGACCAGGAAUGAGAUAUUGGGAUCAUAAUGUAUAGCUUGAUGAAUGCAUUGACCCAGUGUGUAGCAGCUGUGAAAAAGGCAAAUUCCAUGCUGGGGACUAUUAAGAAAGGAACUGAAAAUAAAAUACAAUCAUGCUAUUAUACAAAUGUAUGGUGAAACAAUUUGGAAGUACUAUGUACAGUUCUGGUCACUUCAUUUCAAUAAUGAUAUUGUAGAGUUGGAAAAGUUUCAGAAAAGGGCAGCAAAAUGAUCCAGGGGGUGGAAGAAAGGUAGCAAGCAUUUGGAGCUUCUUAGUUUGGAGAAAAGUCAAGUAAGUGUGGCGUGAUUGAAGUCUGUUAAAUUAAGCAUUGUUGCACUAGAACUCAGGGAUAUCUGUUAAAGCUCACUGUUGGAAGAUUCAGGACAGCCGUGGAGGUAAUAAUAAUAAUAAUAAUAAUAAUAAUAAAUUUUAUUUAUAUCCCGCCCUCCCCAGCCGAAGCCGGCCUCAGGGCGGCUAACAGCAAUAAAACAGUACAACAGUACAACACAACACUCUAAAAUCAUUCAUUAUAAAAUUAAUUCAAAUCAAACCAAUGGCAACCAUUGGGCCAGAGCUCCGCGAAUAUUGCCAAAGGAGGGAGUCAGGCUGUGCCCUGGCCAAAGGCCUGGUGGAACAGCUCUGUCUUGCAGGCUCUGCGGAAAGAUGUCAAGUCCCGCAGGGCCCUAGUCUCUUGUGACAGAGUGUUCCACCAGAUCGGAGCCACAGCCGAAAAAGCCCUGGCUCUAGUUGAGGCCAACCUAACCUCUCUGUGGCCUGGGACCUUCAAGAUGUUUUUAUUUGAAGACCGUAAGUUUCUCUGUGGGACAUACCAGGAGAGGCGGCCCCAUAGGUACGAGGGUCCUAGGCCGUAUAGGGCUUUAAAGGUUAAAACCAGCACCUUAAACCUGAUCCUGUACUCCACCGGGAGCCAGUGCAGCUGGUAUAGCACCGGGUGAAUGUGAUCACGCAGCGAGGACCCCGUAAGGAGUCUCGCUGCAGCAUUCUGCGCCUGCUGGAGUUUCUGGGUCAGUCUCAAGGGCAGCCCCACGUAGAGCGAGUUACAACAAUCCAGUCUGGAGAUGACCGUCACGUGGAUCACAGUGGCUAGGUCAGGGGCGAGAGAGGUAAGGAGCCAACUGCUUAGCUUGGCGGAGAUGGAAAAAUGCCGCCUUUGUAUAGCUGCAAUCUGCGCCUCCAUGGAAAGGGAGGUGUCGAAGAUUUAACCCAAACUCUUAACUGACGGUGCUGGCACUAAUUGCGCCCCCGCAAGAGAUGGGAGUUGCCCCCCCAAUCCCAUAUUGUCCCAUCCCAGCCACAGGACCUCUGUCUUCGAAGGAUUUAGCUUCAACCGGCUCCCACGUAACCAUCCAGCCACAGCUUCCAAACAUCUGGUCAGUGUGUCUGGGGCCGAGUCAGGAUGGCCAUCCAUCAACAGAGAUAGAGUUGGGUGUCAUCAGCAUACCGAUGGCAACCCAGCCCAAAACUCCGGACAAGCUGGGCGAGGGGGCGCAUAAAGAUGUUGAAAAGCAUCGGGGAGAGUAUCGCACCCUGAGGUACUCCACACACCAAGGAGUGGCACAAUGACAAUUCUCCCCCAAGCGCCACCCUCUGUCCCCGACCAGAGAGAAACGAGCGCAGCCAUUGAAGGACUGUGCCCUGGAUCCCCACGUCGGCAAGGCGGUGGUCCAGGAGUUCGUGAUCGACCAUGUCAAAAGCUGCUGACAGAUCUAGAAGAAUCAGCAGCCCCGACCCGCCUCGAUCCAGCUGUCUAUUAAUAAUAAUAAUAAUAAUUUAUUUAUACCCCGCCCAUCUGGCUGGGUUUCCCCAGCCACUCUGGGCGGCUUCUAACUGAAUAGUAAAAACAAUACAGCAUCAGACAUUAAAACUUCGCUAAAGAGGGAUGCCUUCAGUUGUCUUUUAAAAGUAAAAUAAUUGUUUAUUGCCUUGACAUCUGCUGGGAGGGCGUUCCACAGGGCAGGCGCCACUACCAAGAAGGCCCUCUGCCUGGUUCUCUGUAACCUUACUUCUCACAAUGAGGGAACCGCCAGAAGGCCCUCGGUGCUGGAUCUUAGUGUCCAGGCUGAACGAUGGGUAUACAGGACUGAGGCCGUUUAGGGCUUUAAAGGUCAGCACCAACACUUUGAAUUGUGCUCGGACAGUGGCAACUAAUCCUGAUAGAUGUGUUCUACCUCCUCUGUCAGAGGCUGCAUGCUUCUUCUGAACACCAGUUGCUGGAAACCACAGGAGGGGAGAGCUUUGUUGCACUCAAGAGUCCCUCUUGUGGGCUUCCCAUAGGCAUCUGGUUGGCUAGAUUAGUCCUACACACGUUUACUCAGAAUGCCCAUUUUGUUUAGCGGCACUUACUUCCACUAAAAGGAAGAUUGCAGCCUCGAAACUAUAGCACUUUACAUUACAGUCCUGUGCAUGUCUAUUCAGAAGUAAUUAGUAUUGAAUUCAGUGGGGCUUAUAUUCCCAGACACUUCUGAAUAGACAUGCAUAAGAUUGUACUGUUUGGUAGCAGUGUGACAAGCAUUUGAGGAAUAGAUGAAAAGGUCAUCCACAAGCGAGGGGGCAACUCAAAAGGACAUCAGAUGCAGUGCACUUGCUUCUGGUAUCUCAAAACUAAUUCACAACUUACCUGAUGGAGAGAACAAUUCAUAAGAAAGCAAAGGCCUUGUGUGAUCUUCUCAUGAAGGUUGCAGCACUUUCUAGUUGCAGAAAUACAGGAUGAUUUGUGUAUUGCAUAUGUCUACAGUAUGGAUAGGAGUUCUCAAUCUCUAUUCCUGUAAUUGUUGCACAGUGAGGACUCCUAUACAUGGCAGAAUGUUUCUUCUGACAUGGGAUUACACGGAUCUGAGAUAUUUUUUGGAGACCCUCAUCUGAGUAUCCCAACCAGCAGAAACUUGGAAAGUAGCAGCAAGGAAGAGGCUUUUCAGUGUUUUCCCUCCCUUUUCUGGAAUGCUUUCCCUAGUGAAACUCACCUUAUGCCUACAUUCAUAUUUUUGGCAAAGUCUUUUCUUUUCUCUUAGGCAUUUGAUUGUUGAUGUCUUUGUCAUUGUUGGUGUUUCAGCUGGCGAAAGUCUUAGUAAUUGUGAUUUUAUAUAAAGUUGGAGGGGGGUGGAGUUUCUUUCUGUUGGCUUUAUAAUUAAGUCUACGGUUAUUUUUAGCCCUUGUAUUUUUAAAUGUUAAGGUGCUAUGACAUUUUUUGUAGUAGGCAUCUAACAAAUGAAAUAAUGUGGGGUGGGAUACAAAACGUGCUACAGUAAUGCUUUUAGUUUUACCCUUGCAGGUCAGGGUGACUAGAAACAUAUUCCAUAAAGAGUGAAAGGUGAGAGUUUGUCUUACAAGAUCAUCAUCAAAGAAAGAAGCCCCAAGCUGGCUGGAUCAUAUGUGUACAUUUGCUUAACAGCAUGCUUAUAGGAUUUAUCCAUUUUUGAGACCCCUAUGGCAGAAUUCUUAAAGAGGCAUGCUAGAAAAUUAAACUAGAAAAUGACAUUCGAAUGUAGACUUACAAGUAAUACUUACUUGGAUUCCUUAUCUCUGUACUACAGUAAGCCCACAAAUUACGUGGAGUUUACGUUCUGGGCAUCAUGCCUCAAACCAAAAUUGUGUAUAGUCAAAACACAUUUGGUGGAAUGGUGGGAGGGAUUGCAAAGGUCUUUUUUCACAGACGCGUCCUACCCCACACUUUUAAAAAAGUUGCCUAGCAUGUAAAGCUAACAUACACAAGUUAAAUGUGCAUAUGUUGCAGGCUGUACUUAGUUAUAAGUAUUUUAAGUUAAGUAGUCCAUCAUUGAGCCAAGCUCUGCUCAAGUAGCCAUAUAGCAUAGGUGCUAUGCUAAAAAUGACUGUAAAAUAAGUUUACUACAUAGUAAAAAAAAAAAAGUGAGAAUCAGCUUACAAAUAGAGGCAGAGAGAAGAUGCAACAAACCUGGUAGCCACAACUUGCUCUACAAAGUAGUAUACUGGGUAGUUUGCUUUACGCAGAUUGUGAAGUUCUUUGUACAGUAUUUCAAUUCACACAGUCAAGGAUAAUGAGUAAAAAUGUUCAGAGACAGCAUACCUUGUUUGAAGUCAACCUGAUGUUAAAGAUCUGGAUGUCUGUAUGGUUACAUUUCACUGUGACAGAAAUGUGACUGAAUCCGAAUUGUUAGUCUAGUCUAGGGGCAGUCAACCUGGUCCCUACCGCCCACUAGUGGGUGUUUCAGGAUUCCAGGUGGGUGGUAGGGGUUCCAAGGCACAUGUUACUGCAGCACUGGUGGGCGGUAAGGAAAUUUUACCAUCAAGAAAGAUGCAUUAGUGGGCGGUAGGUAUAAAAAGGUUGACUACCCCUGGUCUAGUCCCAUAGUAUUUAAACUCCUUUUUUAAUAUAGUCAGUGCAGUGCACUGUAAUUAGCUAUCUAGUCAUGUGAUCUUUAGAAGAUAGGGAGCCUCAAAAUUUGCAGAUACAUCUUUUAAAUAUUUAUUUUCAUUUUGUCAUCCAUACUAGGCUUGAUCGUCUCUUUAUCUUACUGGACACUGGCACAACACCAGUCACAAGGAAAGCAGCUGCACAACAACUUGGGGAGGUUGUGAAACUUCAUCCACAUGAACUACAUAAUCUCUUAGCUAAAGUAAGCAUUUUGUUAAUAUUUGAUAAUGUUGGAGCCAGGAUUAGGUAGUACAGGGGGAGGGGCACCAGCAUAGACUUGGUAACCCCUCAGCUGCUGUGUACCAGGAUGAGGGGGCAGAAGUUGCUCAGGUUCACCUCUGGGACUGCUGGAUUGAUUCUGCCAAUACACCAACACCUUCCUGACCUUGCUGCCACCCUGCCCUCCCCCAUACUGGUGUAUGGCAACGACAUCAGUGCUGGAAAGCCUGUUCUGCAGUAGCACCGCUCUCCAUUAGCCUCUUAUAGUUGGAGGUAUUCCUUGUCAUCAAAAUGAGCCAAAUGUGAAUUUCUGUAACCUGGUGAUGGUGGAAGGCCUUAAGUUAGAAUCAGUUGAAUAAUACCGAAAUACAUUUAAUGGUGUAUUUUGUUAAUUUAUUUAAUAGAACACUUUGAUAGCCUAUAAGUCUGUGUUAGAAUUCUGUAUUUACAGGGCAAUCCUGUAUAUGUCUGCCGUGAAUAAAGUUUUAGUAAUGUAGCUUAUUCCCAAGAGUGUGGGUGUAUGAUUGCGGCUUUAAUUGAUAAAGCCUCUCUGCAUAGGGGCUGUUUGUUAUGAUACUAGUCGUAAAACACUAGUUUUUAGGGAAGAUCAUUACUGAAAAUCCACAGAAUUUAUUUUUUGUGGAACACAAUAAUUUAGUUCCUCCAUGGCAUUUUUAUAAAAAUAACAGAAGUAAGUUCGACAUAUUGCAGACUUUUUGUAAAUGGGCUGUCCAGCCUCUGUGCCACCCUUGCUUCUGUCCUGUGAUAGGUUAAGGAAGUGACUUAACAUUGUCAGUUUCUGAUAAUCACAAGUGGCUAGAGUGCUAUUGUACUCUGUUCCUGCUUUUGGACUUAGAGGGGUCUAGUUGGCCACUGUAACAACAGGAUGCUAGACUAAAUGGGCCACUGGCUGAUCCAGCAGAUACUUAAGUUCUUACUGAAUAUCCUCUGUAGAAACAGAUGGUUUCAGGAAGAGCUGAGAUGCAGAGAGCCUCAUGCUGUUGAGCUAUUUUUGAGUAAAAAUAGCUAUUAAAUCCUUAAAUUUGUUAAUCUAGUGUUCUGUGUAAGUAGCAACCCUAUGAAUUUCUGGAAGAAAAGAGAAUUAUGUCAAAAGUGUCCACAUUUUUUUUAAAAAAAGCUAGUUGAACCAGACCAUUGCUUAACAUGUAUAUAUCAAAAAGUAAGUGUGUGUGUGUGUGUGUGUGUGUAGGCAUUUAUAAACUACUAAUAAUUUUUUUAAAAGCAAGUGAUAUAUAACAGAAGUAAACUUGAUAGGCUAUUGGGAUGUAAAGAUAAUGGUGAUCUGUGUUUGAUGACCUAUUUCAAUGACUAGCUUUUAAUCAAUCAUACUUUAUAAGCUUUUGAGUGUUGUCCAGAAUAUUUGGUGGCUGCUGAAUUUAAUUACAUCUUUUUGGAAACAAAGAGCAUAAUGAAUUCAUUUUUGAACUUCUUAAAGGUAUUGAUACACUUAAGGAGUACAAACUGGGAUACCCGCAUUGCAGCUGGACAAGCUGUGGAAGCAAUAGUGAAAAAUGUACCAGAAUGGAACCCAACUCCACGACCAAAGCAAGGUGAUCCCAAGAGAACUAAAACUAUUACUGUGAAGUGGGCUGGGGAAACCCAGCCAGAUGGGCGGGGUAUAAAUAAUAAAUUAUUAUUAUAUAAGUACAUUUUUGUUAAACCUUGUGUGCAGCCAUCUUUCUAAACCUGCUUUGCAACAUUGUAUGUUUGGUUAUUAACAACAACAAAAAAGUCAUAAUGGAACACAAUUUCCCCCUCUCUACUAUGAAGUACUUUAUGUGGCUGUUACCUAUUCUUUCACUUUGCUUAGACAUAUGUAAAGCUUCAACCCAUUAGUGAAACGACAUUGAAUGGCAGUUGUAUAUUUUUGAACCAGUUACUUCAGCACGAAUCUCAUUCUAAGUUUUUUGUUAACCUUUACCUAGAACAUGCCUGCGAAAGUCCAGUGGAAGAAUCCUCUGCCUCUGAUCGGUUGCGUUUUGACCGAUUUGAUAUCUGCCGACUUCUAAAGCAUGGUGCUUCUCUUCUUGGGUCUGCUGGUGCAGAAUUCGAGGUUCAAGAUGACACAUCUGGUACUUGCUCCUUUAAUACAUUAACUGUGCCACAUACUUCAGCUACAUUGUUUUCAUUGUGUCACCUUUCGUUAUCUCAAAUCAUUAAAAAUAUUUUAUAGUCUGCAUUUUUGUGAUUAAAUAUGUCUACUCAUGUUUUACAACUGGUACAUCAGAUUUAUGAAAUAGAAUCUGUUUAUUUAACUACACUAGAUACAAUGGUGCAGUUCAGAUGUAAUGCUAAACCAAAGUAUGUCUUAGCAUGAACAAGCAAACAGAUGGAGAGAAGAUCACACCCACUGUGUUCCUCUCGGACCUGCUGUUGCCAUGGCACUAGAGGGUAAACAAUGGUUUGGCUUUGCACUACAGCCAAACCUGAGCUCAUGACAAACCAUAAGCCUGGGUUAGUUCAAUACUAAGCCAAGCCAUGGGUAGCCCACCUGCAGAAGGACUAAUGGAGGAGAGCAGCAAUAACAAUAUUCACUCUGGGAAAUUUGCAUUGGCUUAGUGUUAGAUGCGAAUUGUAUCACUCCUUCCACAUUUGCUAGCUAAGUCCAUGAAAGAAUUCACACAAUAUCAUUGUGGGGUGUGGGUGAUACCCAACCAAGCCAUAUUAAGAUCUGAAAUGUCUAAAAUUGGAGAUCUUCCUAUAUUCUUAUGGCUCUUGCACUGUUUCUCAGUUUGGUCCCGGAAUUAUUGCUCAUGUGUUUUUAGUUUAUAAGCCAUACCUAUAAAAACAAUCUGAAGUGUUGAAAAUGUCUAUAUAGCAGCACUUCUAAAGAGGCAGAAAUUUACCUCUUACACCAUGUUGCAGAUGGCAAUAGCAAAAAUGAAAUAUUUUAAAUAGCAUAUUAAUAUAUAAAUGUGCAUUUUUAUGUCUAAACCAAACUUUCUAUACUAGUCAAGAUGACAUUAUAUACUUCAGACACAAAGUGUGGCAGUGAAGAGUAUAUAUUCAAAGAAGCGGAGAAAUAGAAGUUAUUCUUCAGUAAAGGUUCUGCUUCUAGAUUUAAAAUGUGCUUAGUGCUUUCAUGUUAGUAAAGGAUAAGCAUGCGAUUAAAGACUGUUUUACUUUUUAAGGUGAAGCUGAUCCCAAAGAGAGAAUAGCACGACAGAGGAAGCUACUCCAGAAGAAGCUUGGCCUUGAUAUGGGGGCUGCCAUUGGAAUGAACACAGAAGACCUGUUCAAUGAUGAGGAUUUGGACUACACUCCUACUUCAUCAUUUUUUGUUCACAAACAACCUGUAGGUAAAAUUUCAGACUGUUUGACUGCAAAGACUCAAUAUAACGUUGUAAACAAUUAAGUUUCAAAUACUAUGUCAUAACUUCAACUUUAGGAAAAUAUAUCACACAGUAAUUGACAGAGGAUGAUAUUGAAAGUUUUAGGUGAGGGGGGAGGUCUGUCAUCCUUUAAAUUUCAGAUAGAAGCUACUUUUACUUACCCAAAGUGGUCCUGAAUUUCCAGUUGUUACCACUUCAGCCAUACAUGCCCCGUGUUGCACUCCUCAAAGAAUCCUUCGCUCCCCAGAAGUGAUGCUGGGUACAAGAGGCUACAGAAAGGAGGCAGUUGCAUGAAAUACAUUUUGUGUGAGUGGAACUCCAACCAUGUUUAUCUGGAUCUAAGCCAGAGUAGCCAAUAAACCUUUGUAUCUUUCCAGACUCUUCAAGCUGCUGAAUUGAUUGAUUCAGAAUUUCGAGCUGGUAUGAGUAGCAGGCAGAAAAAUAAGGCUAAAAGAAUGGCCAAGUUGUUUGCGAAGCAGAAGUCAAGAGAUGCAGUAGAAACCAAUGAGAAGAGGUACUGUAUCAAUUUGAACUUACUUACCAUUAUAAUAGGACGCGGGUGGCACUGUGGUCUAAACCACAGAGCCUAGGGCUUGCCGAUCAGAAGGUCAGCGGUUCAAAUCCCCAUGAUGGGGUGAGCUCUCGUUGCUCAGUCCUUUCUCCUGCCAACCCAGCAGUUUGAAAGCACGUCAAAGUGCAAGUAGCUAAAUAGGUACCGCUCCGCUGGGAAGGUAAACGGUGUUUCCGUGUGCUGCUCUGGUUCGCCAGAAGCGGCUUAGUCAUGCUGGCCACAUGAUCUGGAAGCUGUACGCCGGCUCCCUUGGCCAAUAAAGCAAGAUGAGCACCGCAACCCCGAGUCAUCCACGACUGGACCUAACGGUCAGGGGUCCCUUUACCUUUACCUUUGCCAUUAUAAUAAAAUACUUUAAAACAGCCUUCUUCAACCCUGAUGCCUUCCAGAUGUUUUCGACUAGAGUUCCCAUCAGCCCCAGCCAGAAAGAGCAAUUUUCAUGGAUAAUAGAAGUUGUAGUCCAAAACAAUCAAGAGGGCACCAAGCUUGGAAGAUUGAUUUACAAAAGUACAUCAGUAUAGACAUACUAAAACACCCUCCCUCUAUUUCUCAAUUUCUGGAGUGAAUGCCAUUGAUCAUGAGCUAAAACAGCACUUUCUGUGUGUACAAGGAAGGUAUCUACAAGCUUGAGGAAACCCUAAGGUUUGCGCGAAUGCAAAAAUCCUAAAAACAGCUCUAAGAUGGCAGAACAUUCUUAAUAGCCACAGAAUGCUGAUAUGACGGGCGGAGGAAUGGAGUAUCCUGGGAAAGCUGCCUAGCUGAAAUCCUGAAAGAGUACUCUACAGUGCAACAAGUUGUCUUAUUAGUUCCUUUUCAGUACUCCCAGUGCCAUGUGUAUAUCUUGAACCUUGUCAUUCCAUUCCAUUCCAUUGCAAGAUUGGUUGGUUAGAUAUAGAUAAGACUGUUUUCCUUCUAACUUACAUUAAUUGUGCAUGUCCUGCAUCCUUUGCAUUAAAGAGGAUGUAUCCCUUUGUUUCUGUCUAUGAUUUAUAGCUAUCCUAGCAGCUGCCUACAAGUUGAUAAUGGAAUUUUUUAUUUCAUGUAGUAAAAUAAUACCAAGGAAUCUAGUGAUAAAUCAAAGCCAAUCUUUUUUCUUAUAUUUUCAAAUAUAAUACUGUAAGUUUCUGAUUUGGAAGCAUUCCCAUUCAAUAUUAUAUUUGCACCUGCAUGCCCAAAUUUUCCAAUAGUUGCUCUGUUAGGGGUCUUAGACACUUUCAUUUAAAAUCGUCAAUCUUUAAAUGCUAAAAGUGAGUACAGUAACUUAUGUGACAAGUAACUAUUCUGUCAAGCAAUUGGGUACUUAAACAUUUCAUUGUUCUUUCUAGCAAUGAUAGCACUGAUGGUGAGCCUGAUGAAAAGAGAAGAAAAAUUGCAAAUGUUAUCAUCAGUCAACCUGCAACUGACUCCAGACUUUUGGUAGAGAAUAUGCCAGAAGAGGUAGAGUAUACCCUCAUAAAAACAUGAAUUGACAGCAAAAUCCAACCUCAAUAACUUUGUCCAGUGAUUCAGUUGGUGACAGUGCUAAUAGUCCGUAUUAUUUAUGUCUCUCUUUUAGACCAACGAAUGGCCUCUGGAGAGUUUUUGUGAAGAAGUGUGCAAUGAUCUCUUUAACCCAUCAUGGGAGGUAAAUAAUAAUAAUCUUGCUGUCUUUAGUUAUAUUGGGUUGAAAAGAAUAGACACUUUCAAGAUUAAGUUUGGGGCAGUUUUUCUAAUCAUUUUGUUUCCAAUUUAUAAGUUAUUUGUAUUGACACUAACGAAUAGUUCAGACCAUAACAUCAGUUCAGUUCUAUUCAUUCUGUGCAGUUCUAACCAUUUUAAGGUAACUUGACAUUCAAGACCACUGAUGCCCUUUUCAUGCAUUGGAUACAGUGGGACAAUUGUGUAGGCUUUCGUACAGAGAUGGGGGGACCUUUGCCCCCUCAAGCUCUACAUUCCCUUCAGGGUGAAAUGGACCAUGGCAUAUCAAGGUCUGUGUGCUUUGAAUGCAGGCAGGUCCCACUAUCCAAAUGCUCGUCACACAAAAAUUCACUUGCCCAAACAUGAGUUAUUAGUACCCAACCUCACUAUAAAAGGUAAAGGGACCCCUGACCAUUAGGUCCAGUCGUGACCGACUCUGGGGUUGCGGCGCUCAUCUCGCUUUAUUGGCCGAGGGAGCCGGCGUACAACUUCCGGGUCAUGUGGCCAGCAUGACUAAGCCGCUUCUGGCAAACCAGAGCAGCACACGGAAAUGCCAUUUACCUUCCUGCCGGAGCGGUACCUAUUUAUCUACUUGCACUUUGAUGUGCUUUCGAACUGCUAGGUUGGCAGGACAACCUCACUAUACACACCACCAAUUCAGUUAUCCAAACAGCCAGACCUGUGUGUAGUACUGUAAGCAAAUAAGCAGUUUAACAAGGCUUACUUUUUGUGGUCUGUGGGAGGUGUUUUCCAGAACCAUCUGAGAGAGGAGGAAGUGGGGGAGACUGAACAAAUAAGAGAGCAUUUUUUUCCUUCCUGGUUUGUCUUUUGCAAGAUUUCAGAGGGUUUACAUAAAUUGUUUCAUCAUUUUGGGAUCAAAAUUCUGUGGUUGGGAACACAUUAGAAAUUUCCCCAUAGGAAUCAAUGGAAAUUGUCAACAAAUGAUUUCCUGAGAAUGCAUUGUUUGGAUAGUGAGACCUGCAUGUAUAUAAAUAAAUCUUGUAUCAUGAAACCUCUUCUUAAACUGCUAGAAACUUAAUCUGUUUUGUGUUUAGAUCCGGCAUGGUGCAGGUGUUGGACUAAGAGAGGUACUUAAAGCUCAUGGAAAAAGUGGGGGUAAAAUAGGAGACAGCACUAUAGAAGAGGUAAGAUCAAUAUGCAAACCUAGAUAAUUCAUUGUGAGCAUUUGUACAUUCAGCUGUAGUGCAGAGUUCUCAGCUGUUCUUUUGGUAUAAAAAUAAUGAAGUGUUGAGAGAGGUUGCUACAGAAAGCACUGUCAUUUCCUGGCACCAUCAUUAUCUACUUUUUGGCACCAGGCAAAAAUGUUUUGUUUUGUUUUUAAUAUGCUAGCUUUUGGACCUUCAUUUUGAGAGUUUUGGGUUUAUCUUGGCUCUUUCCUUGCCUUUUUUUGUAGGGUGGGUUAUAUUAGACCUGCCUUUUGUUUGUUUUAAAUUUUUAUUGUGUUCUGGUUUUUAUAUUUAGUUUUAAUGUUGGAACUAUAUAGUAAGUCACAUUUAGUUAACUUUUUGCCAGGAAGCGACUAAAAAUGUAAGUAAUAAUCUUGAAUAUUUCACCUUUUCAAAAUUUACCUUUUUUCUAAACAGAUGACUCAACAACACCAAGACUGGCUGGAAGACUUGGCUAUCAGGCUUCUUUGUGUGUUUGCAUUAGACAGAUUUGGUGAUUUUGUUUCAGAUGAAGUAAGUAUCAAUCUUUGACGCCUUACUUUGCAUAUGGGGCUCAAUUUUCUGAUGCCUUUGUUUUAUUAUGCUGGGUGUGUUUAUUUCCCUUUAAACCUUAGGUUGUGGCACCAGUACGAGAGACUUGUGCUCAGACUUUGGGCGUAGUGCUGAAGUACAUGAACGAGAGUGGAGUUCAUAAAACUGUGGCUAUCUUGCUAAAAUUAUUGGCACAGGAGCAGUGGGAAGUGAGACAUGGUGGCCUGCUGGGGAUCAAGUAUGCUUUGGCAGUGCGUCAGGUAAUUGGUUUUAAAUCUUCAAGGUGCUAUUGUUUCUUCUUUGAUUUCAAAGUCUUGGCUGCUGUAUAAAGUGGCAUUGUGCCAUCAUGUGCAAUGUGUAUGUGAAUAUCUCUACUGAGCGGUUUUGUGGGCCUUUCCUGCCCUGAUCAGUACCCACCAGGAGGAUGGGGUUUGUUUUGGCUUAGAAAUGUGUUCUUUGAUGAUAAGACUAGGUAAUGCUUCCUUCGUUAUUAUUAUUAUUAUUAUUAUUAUUAUUAUUAAUAAUAGUGGAACUUGCAGCAUAGUGUUGGUGUAUACUUCACCCCCUAAGACAGAAAUAGAAAGGUUCCCCACUUUGAGAGGUGGGCAGAAAACGUUCCUUUGUUUCCCACAUGCACAUCUCCAAGAUACUUACUAUAGGAUAUUAGGAACUCCAGCAGGCCAACGCUCCCUCCCCUCUUUUUCUUUUUAUCCAGCUGUCACCCUAACAUAACAUGUCCCAACCGUAGAUAUUAUUCAUAGACUCACACAGUCUGCCUGAGCUUUGGCUCCUUGGUCUCUCCUUGCUGAGCUCAAAUUUCCAUCAGAAUUCUGUUACUCCUGGAAGUUUGCAGGUAUUUGUCACCCUGUUCUGUUCUAUUUUGUUGUUUUCUUAGUGUUCUCAUAACUUGCAUACUUCUGUGUACCUAGAGAAUAUUGUGUGUAUGUUGAAACUAUUACAUUAUAUUUUGAGUGACUCCAUUUCAGACUGAUAGACACUCAUCUUACUUGUGUCUGCUGUUAGGCAGAAUGAUGCUAAAUUACUUAAAGUGAAAAUAGUCUAUGUGUGCUUGAAAAGGAACAGUCAUCCUGCCUACAGGCUUAGAAUUUGCUUUGAAUUUGCUUAAGGAUUCUUGCUUUUGCAGGACUUAAUUGAUACUUUAUUGCCUAAAGUAUUGCCUGCAAUAACUGAAGGUCUGCAAGACUUGGAUGAUGACGUUAGAGCUGUUGCUGCAGCAUCUUUAGUACCAGUUGUGGAAAGCCUUGUGCAUCUUCAGCCACAGAAUGUAAGUAGAGCACACCGACACUUAAAUGUUUUGUUACCCUUCUGAAGGAAAAACCAAGUCUUAGGAAUCCAUGUUUUAUGAAACUCUCUUCGCCUCAUGUAUUUUUCAUCUCUGUGUCUAUAAUCUAGGUUCCCUUUAUUCUUAAUGUACUUUGGGAUGCACUCCUGGAACUAGACGAUCUAACAGCUUCCACAAAUAGCAUUAUGACCCUUCUUUCAUCCCUUUUGACGUAUUCUCAGGUCCGAAAAUGCAGGUAAUUUAAUGCUUUUCACAAUUUUUAUUUUUAUGUAAAAAUACACUGUUUUCAAAAUAUCUUGUCUUAAUAAUAUACAGAAUGAAUUCUACUUGUCAGCAUACCUACACAGCAGCACUGAUUUUGCUUUAUAAAUUUAUAUGAAUACAAAUGAAUAUGAAUAACAAUGUGAUCUUCUUCUUUUUCCUUCCACACUUGCCUCAGUAUUCAGCAAUCACUCACAGUUCUGGUACCACGUGUGUGGCCAUUCCUACAUCAUACAAUAUCAUCUGUUCGAAAAGCAGCAUUAGAAACUUUGUUUACCCUAUUAUCUACAGAGGAUCAGGUGGGAGUUAUUUACCUUCUAGUGGUCUUCUGGACAUUGAUGGACCCUUUCUAAUCUAUCAGUUACUUCUUUGUUCAUCUUCUCAUUUUCCCUUGCUUUUAAAAGUCUCCUCCUAUUUUUUUAAGUUGGUUUAAAAGGGUUAAUAUUUUAUUGGAUAAAAAUACAUUGAUGUAGAGUUUUUGUCUUUCCAGUAUGGCUUGCCGGGAGUGGGGAGAGUUGUCCCUCCAACUGUAUGAGAACUAAUUUGUAAACUUCUACCACUCACAUAUACUGUGUGUAUAGCACACUCAAGUGAGAAAGGAAUUACUUUUGCUUGCUCACCAAAACAGUAGCUAUAUUGCUUUAUCUUCCUAAAAAUAAAAAUAAAAACCAUUGGUAUCCUUAUUUGAGAAUAAGCUUGUUUUGUUAGAAUAAUCUGCUUUGAUAAUUUCUUAUUUGCUGUUUCUAGAGUUCUGCAGCCUGGCUUACUCCCAUUUUGCAAGACAUGCUAAGACAUAUAUUUCAGUUCUGUAUUUUAGAAAGCAAUCAAGAAAUUCUGGAACUAAUACAUAAGGUAUGUGCCCUUUUGCAACUUAAAUUUACCUUGCCCUGUUUGUCAAUCUGGUUGUGUGCGGAUGCUGUCUUCUAAUGUUCUAUCUUUCAGUUUUAGCACUGGUCAAAUCUGAUUUGUACCAUGAAGUGUGAAAUGCUGUUCCUUGGAAUAUGUCGGUGAAAAUUGUGGAUGUAUUUUAUGUGCACAGAAAAGUCUUAAAGAAAUCGGUAAUGUAAGAUGUUUGAAUAUGAAGGGUUGUUGUUGUUUUUUAAUAAUCCUGUGAAUGUUGUUGUUCUCCUUUUUUUAGGUGUGGCUUGAAUUACUAAACAAGGCUUCCCUACAAUAUGUAGUAGCAGCUGCGUGUCCGUGGAUGGGAGCCUGGCUCUGCUUAAUGAUGCAGCCGUCACAUUUGCCUAUUGAUUUAAAUAUGUUGCUAGAAGUGAAAGCCAGAUCAAAGGUCAGAAGAGACCUGUAUUCCUUUGGGUGGUGUUUUGCUUAUUUUGUUGCAUUAUACUAUGGAGCAAUCUGAACUGUGCAUGUCACAAGCUUAGGCAUUUUCUAACUAAAUGCUUACACUUUUUGGCAAGGGCUGCCUCUUACUUUAAGAACCAUGGAGCCUGAAACCAUUCAAGGCUCAGGGGUUGCACCAGAAGGGUUAGUAGUAUUGAAGACAAAGCUAUGCAAUGCAUAUUUUUAGAAAUUAUAUACAUUCUGUAAGAGUGAGGAUUGUUUUCUAAAUACUAUUUGACUUGAAAAGGUAUUACAUUGUAGUGUUAAAUGUAUAUGUAAUGGAAGGCUGCUUUUCUCAUAUCUGUAGCCCAAAUUUAAAAACAAAAGAGUAGGAUGUGAAAGCAAAUGAGGCUUGCGCCAACAACUUUUUAUAUCUUGUUCAUAGGAAAAGACAGGUGGCAAGGUGCGGCAAGGUCCAACCCCGACUAAAGAAGCAGUACAGGAAUAUAUUGCUGGAGCAGAAAGUGUCGCCGAAGAUCUAGCAACCAGGGAUUAUGUUGUUAUGAGAGCCCGGAUGAUGGCAGCAAAGUCAGUUUAUUACUGAAAAUCUUAAAACGGGUUUUUUUUUUUGAAAAUCAAUGAGUUUAUAGACAAGCUAUUCAUAACAUAAUUCAAGUUUGAUUGUGCAGAACAGUGUGUUACUUGAAGUGUAACUAAUAUAAAAUUGAUUGUUGUUCCAGAUUGCUUGGAGCACUUUGCUGCUGUAUUUGUGAUGAAGGUGUGAAUACUGUUUCCCAAGAAAUAAAGCCAGCUGAAUCUCUAGCCCAGCUAUUGCUUUUCCACUUGAAUUCCAAGUCUGCUUUGCAGAGGUUUAGUGUUGCAUUAGUAAUCUGUGAGUGGGCUUCCUUGCAGAAGGUAAGACAUGUACUGCAGUAAAAAUGCAUAUUUUUUCAAAGUUAAAACAUUAAGCUCCAGUUAUAUUUUUGGAGCAGAUUUACAUUUUCUUUAUGCUGUCAUGAGCUGAUAAGCGAGGUGCUAAUUUUAAUGUUGAAAGCAUGUAGCUGACAGGGCUGUGUUCAGUACUCCUGAUGCACAUAGACUGUGACUGAAAAUGUAUUGCGAGGCAUGCAUGUAGUGAGAAAACUGCGUUCCGAGCUUCUCGGAGGUGGAGUAGAGUGGGUGGGUGACUAGCAGUUUGAUAUUAAGCCAUCAGCUGUAUUGGACAUGUAGAACUAGUUGCAUCAAUUCUUUGCCCCCUUAUAAGCAGUUGUAUAUGUUGGAAAUGCCUGUUUUUGUAAAAAAAAAUAAAAAAAAAUUUACAAACCCAAAUUAUUCUUCAAGGACAAUGAAGAUUGCUUGCACUUAAAAUAGCUAAUUUGACAGCUGAACGACAUGGUGUUUGCUUUCAGGAAAACAAAGAAGUGACUGCUGCUGUCCAGUCACGCUUGCUUGGGGUCCUUUCCGAGCAUCUGUAUUAUGAUGAAAUUGCUGUUCCCUUCACCCGAAUGCAAAAUGAAUGUAAACAACUCAUCUCCUCGUUCACUGAUGCAAACAUUGACAUGGGCAGCAGAGUAAACUGCAGUGUGUUUACAAUAGAUCAAGCGAAUGAAUUGGUGAGUGACUCAAUGAAAGGGCUAGCCUCCAAUCUUUAGGUGAGCAGUGUAAAAAAGAGCUUGAGCAGCCGUGGUAGCAUACAAGCAUUCACCUGUGGCUACACAGAAAGAUAUUGCCCCCCCAUGCAUAUCACUAAUAAAUAUAGUGUGGAACGUAUUACCAGUCUUCAGAGUGAAAUCCCCUCCAUCUUGUAGAGGUGUCUGGCUUGUAGAUGUGGACCGUAUAAGCAAAGCAAGGCACUUCUUCCUCAGUGUAUCUUUCACCACUAACAGAGCUGGCCAGAUCUUAAUUUCACAGAAAGGACCGUAUUAAUCCCCUCACCCCAGGAAAAAAGUUUCAACAGUUAAGUUUUUAUGAGAAUAACAUGUGCAUACUGUGUUUUGCAAAGAGUACACUAGUUUUCUUUGAUACAUUUUGUUAAUUGAUGUGUAAUUCGUUUCAUAAGUAUUUGCUGCAGCCACUUCCAGUUGCAAGGAAAAAGCACUGAACAGAAUAGUAUUGCAAUUGCCUAAUUGCAAGAUGGGAGCUGCCACUAAAAAUAUAAGUUACAGUGGAACCUCGGGUUGCGAACCUGAUCCAUGCGGGAGGCACGUUCGCAACCCACAGCGUUUGCAACCCACAGCGCUGCGUCUGCACAUGCACAAGUUGCGAUUUGGUGUUUCUGCACAUGCGUGGGCGCCGAAACCCAGAAGUAACCCAUUCCAGUACUUCCGGGUUCGGCGUGGUGCACAACCCGAAAACGCGUAACCUGAAGUGUCUGUAACCCGAGAUACCACUGUACUGCUAUCUUAAGGCAGCAAGGUACUACUACUGCAAAAAAAUGAAAAUGAGUCAGUAUAUGGUAGCUUCUACCCUCUUUAGGGCAACAGAAUAAGCUGCAAGCUUCUCAGUCCUCCUUUACCUUUUCUGGCUGCUGGUAAAAGGGAUCUGUUCUCAUACUGAGAUUCCAGAACAGGCAGAAGGAUAUUGAAGUACAGGCACACCCUCAUUAAGAGGGUCUACAUACGACUCAGCUCAUAAUCAAGGCCUUCCUUUUCAUCAUACUUAUGAAACUUGGAAACACGGGGAAAUUAUGCAUCAAUGUUUAGUAAUGGAUCUAUCUGGACAAAAUUUUGUCCAGGGUAUUAUGGACUAUCUCACAUUUGCCACUGCCACAUCUCUGGCAGUUUUCUCUAGAAUGCAUUGAGCACUGCAAUGGGUAUGCUAAGCAUCUUAACUACUAAGAUUUUACUAUGGAGGCUUAUUUUGAACUUACAUGUACUCUUGCCUUCCUUGGCUACUUCUGGAGGUAGAGCGUACAAUAUCACUUGUCGGGGGGGGGGGGGGUAGCAAAAAACAAGUAUCAGCUUCUAGCACCAUGUGUAAAAAAACCAGCAAACUUUGCUGUCCUUCUUUCUGUUGUAAUGGAGCAAUGUUGCUUUGGGUUGAUUUUCAUUUUCUUAGGUCACUACUGUCUUCAGUGAAGCUACAGCCUCUCUUGAUCUAAAUCCUAAAGUUCUGCAGCAGCUAGAAAGCAAACGACAACAAGUCCAAAUGACUGUUUCAGAAACAAACCAGGAAUGGCAAACAUUGCAGAUGAGAGUUCAUACUUUUGCUGCCUGUGCUGUUGUGAAUCUUGAACAACUUCCAGAAAAACUAAACCCUGUCAUAAAACCACUGAUGGAAGCUGUCAAGAAAGAAGAGAACACACUAGUACAAAACCAUGCCGCUUUGUGCAUAGCAAAGUUACUUCAGCAGUGUACAACAAGAUCUCCGUGUCCCAACUCAAAGAUCAUAAAAAAUCUUUGCAGUUCUCUCUGUGUAGACUCGCAUCUUACUCCUUUAGCAUCAUGCCCUGCACAACCUCAGAGCAGCCAUGAAAAUUCAAAAGGUAGGUUAUGUGCUAUUCUGUUGAUGAGUAACUUGGUAGAAGAGAAAGUGUUAGAGGAGAUCCUAUAUCCAAGUCCCUCUUCCAGGCAAAGUGGGAGGGAGGAAUAACAUCUAGGCAUAUCAUUUAUUUAAUUUCUCUCUAGAAAUAAUGUGCACCUGAAUUUCAUUGUCCACCCCCACCCCACCCCAUUAUGCCACUUCGUUUUAAGGAUGUGCGUUUCAAAACAAUGGUUUUAGUGUUCUGUUUUGAUCUUGCCCCUUUCUUUAAUUCAUCAUUCAUUCAUUUCCAGACUGUAUUUCUAGUCUCUCCUUCAUGUCUUUUCCUCUACUCUCCCUUCCCCACUCUCUCAGUCCUCUGGAGAGGAAAACAUAUGUUCCUGGUUUCCCCUCACUGUUUUUUAUUAGCAUAAUUGCGCCCUGGGUGUGAAAAAAUGUUUUAAUUGCCACCUUUCUUUAUUGUAGGAUCUAAUUCUGAAAGAGAUGGGAUGCAUCAUACAGUCACCAAGCAUAGAGGUAUAAUCACACUGUACAGGCAUCAGAAAGCUGCAUUUGCCAUCACAAGCAGGCGAGGUCCUACACCAAAGGCCCCCAAAGCCCAAAUUGGAGAUCUACCUACAAGCAGUAGUGGAAAUGUAACCACAGAGCUUGACGAAGUGGGUGUGAACUUUUCGUUUUCAUUCUUGCGAAUGUCGUUGUGUGGUGCUCCACUCCAGGUGUACAUGACCCUGUAUAGCAAGAGAUGCUAAUGUGGUGCCCAUGCACCCUCACAGGCCUUCCCUGGCACUUCCAGUGUCCUGUCCCACCACUGAAAUUAGGCUUGAAAGAAAUACCCUGCUGUAGCCAAUAGAAUAUGUGUAGUGAGUGAUCAGAUGCAGCAUGCGUCAACAUCAGUUUCUACAGUUUACAACAAAUAGAAAACAUAGAGGAUUAAAAAGAAAGGACAGAGAAAUAAUGCUUCUGGCAAUGCUUUUCUAGAGUAUUUUCUUGGUUUCCUUACUUCUGUUCACUGGUUAGCACACAAGAUGUCCAUAAGUUGAUUACACAAUGCAUUGUAACUCUGAAUAGGCUUCAUUUUUUGAAAGCACAGUUAUCUGAGAUAAUCUGUCUCUGAUUAAUGAUAGUCCAUUUGCACACGCAGAUAUUCAGUAAUGAACAUACGUGCAAAACUGGCCUUGAAAACCAUUUUCGGAAUCUCAUUUGAUUUUGGAAAUAGUCAACUAGUUGUGAAGAUUUAGCAGUUAUGCCUGUUCCUUGAUCACAUGCAUUUUCAAUCAACAGCCUUUGACAUUAAUCUGAUGCUUGUUUGUAUUGUGUUUGUCUCUUCUGGUUAUGGUUCUGUUGAGAGAGAAGUGAUUUAUAUCUUGUAGGCCUAUAUCAGUGGCAAUUUUUGCCUCAAAAUUUUGCUGAUCUUAUUUUGCUCUCUCUGUGUAAGUGUGAUUGCUUUCUGUUUCCAGCUUGAUAUGUAAUCUAGGGCAGUCUAAUUUAUUCUGGGCAGGCUGUAUGGUUGAAUAAAAACUUUUUUAUUUUGCUUCAUAACCUUUCUCUUUACCUUAUCGAAUUCUAGGCUCAGAAGCCUUAUGUUGUACAGAGAAGAGGAGCAGAAUUUGCUUUAUCCACUAUUGCUAAACACUUUGGAUGUGAAAUGGCCGUGGGUUUGCCACAUCUCUGGGACACUAUGGUUGGUUCAUUAAGGAACAGUAUUGACAUAGACAACUUUGGUAUGUGUAUUUCUUAAGGUAUAGGUAUUCUAAAAGUUGAAUUCUGAAACUCUUCUGAUAAUAUGAUAUUGCUUUUUGUAGACAGAAAAGUGCUGUUGGAAAAAGGAGAUGGUCCAGCCCAGGAAUUAGUGAACUCUCUACAGGUUUUUGAAACAACUGCAGCUUCUAUGGAUGCUCAGCUUCACCCUUUGGUAAUUUAAAUGUUUUGUAUUUAUUUCUAACACAAUUUUAAUUGCCAAUGUAGGUGUUUGGAAAUGGAUAACAUAAGUGAUGCUGUUCAAGAAUACAAUUGGUUGGUGUUUGCAUGUUUUCUAAACUAGGAAAAAUGCUUAUAGCUUGCAGUUAUGAAGGAUGAAGCAAGUUUAGGAUAUUUGUGUUUUUUCAAAGUGAGACCCCAAGUAGUUACAGUCCUCUUCCUAAGUCCCUUGCUGCUGUUCUAUUCCAAAUAACGGCAGCUCCAACAACCACUCUCUGACCUCUUAUUUACACCAGCCAUGCAUCUCCACAAAGGUCAUACCAUCAAUACCACUGAGGUAAUUUUCCACACUCUUAUAACAAGAUGAGGCAGCAUGUUCACUAAAUUUCCAAUUAAAGCAGAACACCCUUUUUGAUGCCUUUGAUUGGGAUGGUUUCUAGUUUUAUGUUCCAAAACAUAUACAUCUCCAUGUUGAUAUUGGGCUACUCUUGUUCCCUCUAGUUCCUUGCAGGAACACCGUUCUGUUCAGUUCAGUUAACUCUUUACAUUCAUCAUUUUGUUAGGAAUGAUGCAACAUCCUUCAUAGUAAACUUUACUGCGCAGAUAAUAUGAUUUCUCUACAAGAGGGGAUAUGAUACAUAUACUUUGCUUUUUUCUGUUUUUUACUGAAACGGUCUCUUGUAAUGAACUUCUUAGUUAAGUUAUGAUUGUUCCUUCUGGAAAUGAGCCCAAAAUAAUUUAAGCUGCCGAACACCUAAUAUGUUCCGAUUUUCAUUCCAUCCUGAAUAUAAAACUAUACACUAGCAUUACACAUUUCCCUCUUUGUACAGAAGUUCUAGGAGCCAAGUAGCUUAAAGGCACCUAAUGCCCUGUGUGUGAUUAUGAUAAAGUUCUUUUUUGAGUUUAUGCAGGUUGCAGUAUUUAGCAAAAUAGAAUACUCACGGUUGGCAUUCAGUAUGUUUUAAAACAGCUGUGAUUUCUCUUUGCAGUUGAUCCAGCACUUGCCUUACCUUUGUAUGUGCCUUCAACACCCCACCACUGCAGUGAGGCACAUGGCUGCUCGCUGUGUAGGUGUAAUGAGCAAAGUGGCCACCCUGGAAACCAUGCACAUUUUCUUGGAAAAGAUUCUUCCUUGGCUGGGAGCAAUUGAUGACAGUACCAAGCAAGAGGGUGCAAUUGAAGCUCUUGCCUGUAUCCUUUCCUGAUUCUAAGGAAGAGGUAUUCAUGUAUGACUUUAAGUGCUGAGAUGCUUUCCAGAUGUAUGUUUCGUGGGGAAGAUUUAGUAAGUUUCGUGAAGCCUGGGGAGUUUCUUCAAAAGGGCAAGUGCUUCUGCAAGAUUGAACUGGAGCAGAAAUAUUUGCUUCUUACUAGCAUGGUAUAUAUGAUCACCUGAUUCCAGGCUUGGUAGAAGAAAGAUUUUUUUUAAGGAAAUGCAUAAUAAUUGUUUGAGCUCUAGUCCAAAGCCUGGAAUUCUGUAUAUUGACACUGGAUACUCCUGUAUAGAGAAAGUGUCCCAGAAACCAUUCUGCAACCCACUAACUUUGACAGUAAUGACCAGAGACUGUUUCUACCUUGACCCAGGUACAUGACUUCCAGUUGCUCAUAUUCUCAAGCUUUCAGUUCCACAAAGUCAUGAGAGUAUCUUGCUUCAGUAGUUGAGAAGAUCAUGUACCUACGCUCAUAGUUGCCCAGCCUUAAUAUGAUUCCAGUUCCAUCUAAAUUUUUUUUAACUGCCACAAUUUAUGCAUUUGGUGAAGGCUGUGCUGAAAGACACCAGAGAUCCCUUGACCUUCAUGAGUUGAGGAUAGCUUGAAGUGUUCUUGUGUGCAGGUUGAAAAUUGCAUGUGGCCCUUUGAAUGGGAGCCAGAAUUCAAGUAAUGUACAGUUAACACUAUGAGAAGUAGCAUCAUCAGGAGUCCACACAUCUCCUCGCUGUGGUUGCCAUGGUGAGUGUACCACUGUGUCCUGAAGAACCUGAUAAUUUCAAGUUGUGUUUUGGGAAGGGGCGGGCGGCGGUAGGAAGAAUGGCUCUGAUGAGAGGGAAAGCAUAACAGCAAUUACUGUGCCACAUUGAUAUGGAAGGAAUUCACUCCAGCGGAUACUUCAUGGCUGCGCCUAAUACAGCUUUUAUCAGGUCUGCUUUCUUUAGCUUGUGCAGGGCUGCCUGUAUCCAAUCCCGUGCUGCAUCUAUGCAACAUCAGUCUUCCUCUGACCAUUGAAAAGCAAAAAGUGGGAUUCCCUCCCCUGUAUAUGCCCCAAAGUUCCACCCUGUUUCCUUUAAAAAAACAAUGUUAUUUUCCAUUAAGAUGAAUACUGCACAGCAUGCUAUAGCAAUAGAAAAUUCUAUAUUGGAAUAGCAAUAGAAAAUUCUAUAUGGAAAAUGGAAAGUGUAAGUGAUAAGUUUUCAGGGGUCGCAGAUAUUCAUAAUUGGACCAGCUGCAUCAAAAAUACAUAUUUUCAGGGGGAACAGGGGUUGCAUUAGGAAGUCAGAGGCAGGAAAGCCCCAUUCCACAAGGGCAACACUGCUCUCAGAAAUUAAGAUCCAUGCAUUUGUGAUUCAGUAAUUGCUGUUCAGAUGUAUUUUGGGUUUAGAUAAGAUGGAUUUAUUGUUGUGGAAAUUGCUCCAAAACUGGUAAAGAGAAGCUCCUUAAUUAUUAAUCCAGGUGUAAUGGAACAGCUAGAUGUCGGAAUUGUUCCCUAUAUAGUUCUCCUUGUGGUUCCAGUUCUGGGCAGAAUGAGCGAUCAAACAGACAGUGUGCGUUUCAUGGCCACCCAGUGCUUUGCUACGCUGAUUAGAUUAAUGCCUCUUGAGGUAAGUCAAAGUCUUUCAUUUUGACUGAAGAGAGUCAGUGAGCGAGCCCUGUAAAAAAGCGUAUUGGCAUAUAGUGAUAGAAAGGAGCAGUCUUUCGGUAUUGCAUCUUAUUUAGGUAAAUAAGUUUUGGGAUUUAGCAAGUAAUGCAUUUUGUGUCAAAAAUCUUCUCAACUGAAUAAAAUCGGAAGUUUUGGAGCUUGGAAUAUUAUAUUUUACAAAUACUUGGACUGAGCAUUCACUUGGAAUUUCAAAUGCAUUCUUUCAUACGAUGUUCGAUUCAUUCUUGAUCCUAGCACCUUUCUAGACUUAGUUAAAUUUGUCUUUGUGCAUUUGCAAACACUGAAACUAUCUCUGUUAUGACUGUGAAAUUUAACACUGAAAGCUCAAGAAACCACUCAGGAAUAGCAAGAAACAUAACAGCAUACAAAGAAGUCAGUGUUGUAGAAAAGAUAAAUGAGUCCUUUACAUUCUCCUCUCUCCUCCCUCACUUUGAAACUGACAAAGUGGGUGUCUGUGUCACGUAAAUCACCGUUAACUCUUUUGAUUUUACUGUGUCAUAAUGCCACUUAAAACAUUAAUUCUCAAUGCCUGGUCAUAGUUUAAUCUGCUUGGGUAAACACUUCUCUGUACAGUUUGUCCUCCUUGUUUGGUUGCAACAUAAGUUCGUCUUUAAUGCGUCCUGUACAGAUCACUGUGUGGGUUACCUUACACAAUAGAUCUGUGUAUAUAUACUGUGUAUAUAGCAGAUGGUGCUAUAUAAAUAAUGGAACCUGCAUGUUAGAUGACAUAGCUGUUGAGGCUUUGAACACCUAUAUAUCUGCAGAGUUCAGGGAAUGUUCUGUUUGAACACCUGCACUUCAUUGGGAGUUACCUUUCUCCCAAUUCAUAGAAUCAGAGUCAGAAGGGACCCCCAAGAGUCAUCUAGUCCAAUCCCCUGCAAUGCAGGAAUCUCAACUAAUUACCAUAUUGGUCCGAAUAUAAGCCGCAUCCGAAUAUAAGCAGCACCUUUAAAGUUCCAGAGGGGGAAAAGGAAAAAAGGCAAUACCCAAAUAUAAGCCACUCCCUUAAAAUUCUGCAGGCACUCACACCUGUUCCAUUUUACCGUAUGUCUGUUUCAGCAGGGAUAUCCUAAAAGCCAAUUUUUGUAAGGUCACAAAUUUAACUUUUCACGGUCAGAAUUUGGAAAAAGUAAGGCUUAUAUUCAGGCCAAUAUGGUAAUUGUUUUUUCUGCUGAUUGCUAUUUAUCUGCCGAUUCCUGAGUAGAUCAUGUAAUGGAAGCAUCACUAUUUCUUAAUUGUGAACUGAACACACUUCUACAGCAUUAUUUUCAAGAAAAUUACACUGCAAGGUAGUAGUUUGUUUGAAUGUUUAAUUCCCAUUCUGUGUUAAAAGUCUGAAAGCUGAGUUACUUCAAGUUAAUGACACUUUCAAAUUGUGUGAUUUCAUUAUGCUUUUUGUAGAAUAUUAGUAUUGAUAGAGUUGAAACAUGAAUUAAAAUUAACUUUUAGCAUAUCAUGAACUUUAUUUCUUAUUUUAAUUAAAUAUGCAAGAUACUGUACAUAUAAAUAUAUAUUUUCUUGUUUCAGGCUGGCAUUCCAGACCCACCAAAUAUGCCUGAGGACUUAAUCAAAAUUAAAGCCAAAGAGCGCCAUUUUCUGGAACAAUUAUUGGAUGGGAAAAAACUUGAAAACUAUAAAAUUCCAGUACCGAUUAAAGCAGAACUAAGAAAAUAUCAGCAGGUAAAUUCUUAUGGGAAGUUUUUUUAAUUUCAAGACACACAUAAUUUCCUUAUCAAAUUUGUCUUGUGGAUUGGUUUGAAUAGCUUUUAUUAUUAUUUCAAUUUGUAUUUUGGAACCUGAUAUGAAAAUCAUAUAGUUUCUGGUCUUCUGAACGCUGCUUCCAAUCAUAAUUUUAUGAAGACUUGAACAUUAAAAAAAAAAAAAUUUCCAAUUAAUGCCUACCUGGAAAAAAUGCAAGUACAGUGGUACCUUGGGUUACAUAUGCUUCAGGUUACAGACACUUCAGGUUACAGACUCUGCUAACCCAGAAAUAGUGCCUCGGGUUAAGUACUUUGCUUCAGGAUGAGAACAGAAAUCGUCCUCUGGCGGCACGGUGGCAGCGGGAGGCCCCAUUAGCUAAAGUGGUGCUUCAGGUUAAGAACAGUUUCAGGUUAAGAACAGACCUCCGGAAUGAAUUAAGUUCUUAACCCGAGGUACUACGGUAGAGUUUUCUAGCUUCUACUGAUCAAGAAUUGUAUCUAAUAAGAUUCCUGAGAUUAAUCAUAAAAUACAUGAGCAGAGUUGGAAAUAAAUUCCUCUGUGCAAGCACCGUACUAGGUGGCCUUAAGUUUUUUUUGUACUUAAGACGUUUUAGAAAUAUUUAUCAAAUUCUUGGCUCUAGUGCACACUUCUGAGUGCUGGCAGUUUCAUGAAGUGGUGUAAUGUUAACGUUAAAGUGUCAGAGGUCUGGCUGGCAGGAGAGGACUGAGCUUUUACUUCUAGCAGAAUCUCUAAGAAAAGCAUUAAUACUCCCCAAAGAGGUGUGGUUACUGGGGAGAAAAAUGCUUUUUAUUCUUCUUCUUUUUGCUAGAUGAGUGGUAAGACUUCUUUUUUUUUUUGCAGCAGAAUUUUAAUGUAUUUCAAUUUUGCCUCUUGUUUUCACUUUAUCUAGCCUACUUGCUGUCUGUUUUUUUGCCUGUGAACGUAUUUUAAAUGUUAAUAAUUGUGGAGGCCUUUUUAGGGGGCAUAAGAACAGAAGCCUAAAUUAUGUUCCUCUUCCUUUCUGUUCACAGGAAGGUGUGAAUUGGUUGGCUUUUCUCAACAAAUACAAGCUUCAUGGAAUCCUCUGUGAUGAUAUGGGCUUGGGUAAAACCUUGCAGUCCAUCUGUAUUCUUGCAGGAGAUCACUGUCUCAGGUAGCAUGCACAAUCACGGCUAGUCAGUUUUUACAUCAACAUAUUUGCAGUAUAGAAGAUGUGACAUUUCUUGUGAUUUGGUUUUGUUCUCCAAAGGGCCCAAGAAUAUGCAAGAACUAAGAUGGCCGAUAGUGUUCCACUCCCAUCCUUAGUGGUGUGCCCUCCCACACUCACAGGCCAUUGGGUGGAUGAAGUGGGCAAAUUUUGUUCCAAAGAGUAUCUAAAUCCUUUGCACUAUACUGGCCCUCCCACAGAGAGGGCUAGGUAAGUACUGUAAUAUAGCUUGGCUCUAAGAUUUGCUUUGCAGUGACAGUUCCUUCUGUUGUGAUUAUGUGAAAAGUACUAAAAGUAAGUGCACAGGUUUAUUUUUUGUUGCUGUCUCUAAAGUUCUACUUUUUAUACUUUAUCUUCUUAAGGUUGCAGCACCAUGUGAAAAGAUACAACCUAAUUGUAGCUUCCUAUGAUGUUGUGAGAAACGACAUUGAUUUUUUCAGGUAAAUGCUAUAGUUCUUCCUGCUAUUUUGAAAGAUACUGUAUGUUUCAAGGCUAUUUUAAGUUGAUUAGUUGUGUUUUCUUUCCUAGAAAUAUUAAAUUUAACUACUGUAUUCUUGAUGAAGGCCAUGUCAUCAAAAACGGAAAAACAAAACUGUCCAAAGCAAUAAAACAGUUGACUGCCAAUUAUAGGAUAAUCCUCUCUGGGACACCAAUUCAGGUAAUCCCCGCUAUCUCUUGAAAUAAAUAAAUGCCUGAGAACUGGCCCAGUUUGCCGUAAUUAAAAACAAUGAUUGUUUAUCCUAUUUUCAGAACAAUGUCUUAGAAUUGUGGUCACUGUUUGACUUCCUUAUGCCGGGAUUUUUGGGUACUGAGCGUCAGUUUGCAGCUCGCUAUAGCAAGCCCAUCUUAGCAAGCAGAGAUGCCCGGAGCUCUGGUCGAGAACAGGAGGCCGGUAAGAAGCAAGUUCUGUUGCUUAAUGAAGCACAUUUGUUCUUGGGGAAAGUUAAUCCUGCUGUGGGUGAGACACCAGAAGAAUCCUGUUCUUGUUUAGUGGCUUUGCUGAUCCAUAUGCUCUUCCUUUGGUGGGCAUUUGCAGGUGUUCUUGCAAUGGAAGCAUUGCACAGGCAAGUACUGCCGUUUUUGUUGAGAAGGAUGAAAGAAGAUGUGCUACAGGAUCUUCCACCCAAAAUUAUUCAAGACUAUUACUGCAUCCUCAGUCCUCUACAGGCAAGUUCCUUGCGCUGGUUUGCAUUCCACUGAUACUAAUAAACAACAAACGAGCCUGUUGUAGGUCUUCUCAGAUCCUAUACUUGUUCCAAAUUGGAAUUUUAUUAUGUUGUGUCCUGCCUGAAAAAUAUUGCUGAGGCUUGCGUCCAAGAUAACAUUCUCAUUGAUGAGCAGUUAGUCAUAACUUCUUAGGCUCAAAACCCUUAUUCUCUGGACUGUUGAAAUAGCUUUUGUCUUGUUCUGUAGUUUAUAUGUAGUGUAUGGUCAAUAAUAAUAAUAAUAAAUAAAAGGGAAUCAACAGUGAGGACAGGUAAUGCUGCUCUGGUGUGGAGCAACAGCUUCUGUCCCUCUGGAUAUGAAUAGUUGAAUAGAGUGCCCUUUUCUAAGCAUUUUCCUUUGGUCUUAUGUUAAGAAUAAGAUAGUUGUGGUUGUAUAUUCCCUUGCAAAGAAGAAAUGCAGCAGCUUAAUCCUGAAAAUGGCAGUGUGUUGAGCAUUCAGUAGUUUAAAUUGUUGCUGGAUUAUAGUUUGGGAAACAACAGUACCUAAGAAAUGAAACAGAAACCAUGGCUGUCUAACACAGGAUGCUUACCUUCUGUCAACUAUAUUGUUGAAGUUACUGUGGGAGUAGGUAAAUAGGUAAAUGACCCCUGGAUGGUGAAGUCCAGUCAAAGGCAACUAUGGGGUUGUGGCAUUCAACUCGCUUCAGGCCAAGGAGCUGGGACUUCCCCACAGACAGCUUUCCAGGUCAUGUGGCCAGCAUGACUAAACAGCUUCUGGCGCAGCGGAACACCAUGACAAGUGCCAGAGUGCACAGAAAUACCAUUUACCUUCCCACCACAGUGGUACCUAUUUAUCUCCUUGCACUGGCAUGCUUUCAAACUGCUAUGUUGGCAGGAGCUGGGACAGAGCAACGGGAGCUCACCCCGUCAUGCAGAUUCGAACCACCAACCUUCCGAUCAGCAAGCCCAAGAGGCUCAGUGGUUUAGACAACAGUACCACCCUCUUUAAAAAGAUAGCUACUGUUGAACACACCCCUUUGUGAGGUAAUUUUGAAGUGAACAAUAGUCUAUUAAGCAUAAAUUUCUUUCUUUCUUAAUAGGUUCAGCUUUAUGAAGAUUUUGCCAAGUCUCGUGCCAAAUGUGAUGUGGAAGAAACUGUUUCAGCAGUGUCACUGGUUGAGGAAACUGAGAAACCAAAACUUAAAGCCACAGGACAUGUGUUUCAGGUUGAAAUUUCAUUUUGUUACAUCUUCCUUACAAACAUUUAAUAAAAGUAGUAAUUUUUAUGUAACUGGUGAUUGUUUGAUUAAACACUGUAGUUAUAUUGAACCAAAGCAGUGAGCUGCCUCUAAAUUUCCAAAAUAGAUUUUAAGCUUAGUGAUAUAUAAAUGUAAAAUUUAUUAAAUAAUGCGUUAUAACUUAUAGAGUGCGGAGUAUUCUUAGAUUCACAGGAAGCAAAGAAAUUGUUUUUAAAAAAUACAGGGUAAAGUAAUUGCUCCAGGGACAAAUUUGUCAAUCAUAUUCUUUUCUGCCCUCCGCAGCUGAUUAUGAUUAAACAAUGAACAUUAGUUAUUUGUUAGUAUGGCAUCUACCUCCAAUCUUUGGCAAGAUUUCGACGAGUAAGAGAAAUAUACUAUCUUGUGCCUUAUCCGAAUAUAUAUUAAGUUGUUAUGCAUGUUUAAUGGCUUCCUUCAUGGGGGUUUUUCUUAGGCAUUGCAGUAUUUAAGGAAACUCUGCAACCAUCCAGCAUUAGUUUUAACUGCUCAUCAUCCAGAGCACAAGAGGAUUACAGAAAAGCUUGCCGUUGAGAAUUCUUCCCUUCGAGACAUCCAGCAUGCACCUAAACUCUCUGCUUUAAAACAGGUGAGGAAAACCCUGGCUGCAUAGCUAGUUUUAGGAAAAGUGUUCUCCUUAAGCCUAUUCAUUUUUUAUAUGCAACAAAGGGAUGGGAAAGAAAUUGUCGUAUCAAUUAGAAAAUUCAUAGAAUUGUAGUUGGCAGGGACCCUGAGGGUCAUCUGGUCCAACCCCCUGCAAUGCAGAAAUCUCAACUAAAUCAUACAUGACAGACGGCCAUCCAACCUCUGCUUCAAGACCCUCAGAGGAAGGCGAAUCCACCACUUCUCAUGGGAGUUUGUUCCACUCGCUGUCAGAAAGUUCUUCCUGAUGUUUAGUCAUUGUUACUUGAAACCAUUGCUUCAGGUCCUAGCUUCUGGAGCAGCAGAAAACAAGCUUGCUCCAUGUGACAGCCCUUUAGAUAGUUGAAGACGGCUAUCAUAUCUCCUCUCAGUCUACUCUUUGCUAGGCUAGACAUACCCAGUUCUCUCAACCCAUUCCUCCUAAGACUUGGUUUCCAGACCCUUGUUCAUCUUGGUCGCCCUCCUCUGCACACAUUCCUGUCCUCCUUAAAUUGUGGUGCCCAGAGCUGGACACAGUGCUCCAGGUGUGUUCUGACCAAGGCAGGAUAAAAGUGUUCAGUAUAGAUCAGUUUAUAAAAAAACACAUUAAGGAAAUAGAAAUUCUAUCAUCCUGAACACAUGUGCAUGAUUUCUGUUCUUGUUUUGUUGCAAUCCUGGAAUCAGCGUCUUUUAUGAAAAGCAGAUUUGCCUCUUGCUUUGUCACUCGUGUCUCAUUUCUAAGUUUAUGCCAAAAUACUCGCACGCGGUCAUUAGUAUGAAGUAGAUUUCACCCAUAACUACUUUAAAAAAGAGAAAUAAAUGGUGCUGCAGCUGAUGUGUCCUAGCCGUUCUCUAGCUUCUAAUGCAUGUACAUGUGCACCUCCAGAGGGUCUAAGAAUAAAAUAUUUUUAACUUUGCAGCUUCAUUGGUUUCAUGUUUUCAUAUUAUGACACCUAGGAAGGCGCCUCAUCCAUUGUUAGAUUUGGCUGGUCUUGUAUUUUCUUCUCACUGGCAGCAGCUGUCCAGAUUCUCUGGCAGCGAUCUUUGCCAUCACCUGCUACCUAACUGUUAAUUGGCAGUGCCAGGGAUUAAACAUUGGAAUUCUGCAUGCGGAGCAUGCACUGUCCUAUUUGAGCAACGAUGACUCCUCCAAUGGAUGAAAUCUGUGUAAUCGUUUUCAAUGGAGAAUAUAUGCCUACUAAGUUAAAUGACUAAUGGCAUGCUUUUGUAUUUGGUCUUUAAGCUGCUACUAGAUUGUGGCUUGGGAAACGGAGGCUCCUCAGAAAGCGGCACAGAAGCCAUAGUUGCACAACACAGGAUCCUUAUCUUCUGUCAACUCAAGAGUAUGCUGGAUAUAGUUGAACACGACCUUCUCAAGCCCCACUUGCCCUCUGUUACUUACCUGCGACUGGAUGGCAGCAUACCUGCUGGUCAGAGGCAUUCCAUUGUGUCAAGGUAAAUCCAGUGUCAGAUAUAUUCUAACAGAGUAGCUGUUGCAUGUAGAGCUCCCACAGUUGCUGAAAGAAAUGAAAUCCUAUGGUUCACUUGCGUCGACUUGGAAUGCAUAACUCAAAUGGCCCCAAUGGCCUGCUUUUAUGCUGGAUGCGGAGGAGAGGACCUCUCAUCCUUGGCAUCAAGCAGUUGGUCCCUUACCUUUCCCGCCCCAAUCUGGCCACAGUGAUCCAUGCGACAGUCACCUCCAGGCUUGACUACUGCAAUUCGCUCUACACGGGGCUGCCCUUGAAGCUGUCCCAGAAACUCCAGCGGGUACAGAAUGCUGCAGCAAGGCUCCUCACGGGGUCUCUGCCAUGGGAGCAUAUUCACCCAGUGCUUUUCCAGCUGCACUGGCUCCCGGUGGAGUACAGGGUCAGAUUUAAGGUGCUGGUUUUGACCUUUAAAGCCCUUCACUGCCUAGGACCCUCAUACCUACGGGACCGCCUCUCCCGGUAUGCCCCACAGAGGACCAUAAAUAGCAACACCCUAGUGGUCCUGGGCCCUAAGGAAGUUAGAUUAGCCUCAACCAGAGCCAGGGCCUUUUCAGCACUGGCUCCAGCCUGGUGGAACGCUCUGUCUCAUGAGACCAGAGCCCUGCAGGAUCUGAUUUCUUUCCGCAGGGCCUGUAAGACAGAGUUGUUUCGCCUGGCCUUUGGCUUAGAGUCAAUUUGAUUCCCUCCCCCUCUUUCUUUUUUCCUUUCUCCUCCUGUGAAGAGGCUGCAUCUUAAUGUUUUAAUGUUGUAUUUUAAUCUUGUUUUUUAAGUUGUAUUUUAAUCAACUUGUUUUUAUUAUUAGUUGUUAGCCACCCUGAGCCCAGUCGUGGCUGGGGAGGGUGGGGUACAAAUAAAAUUUAUUAUUAUUAUUAUAAACAUGAAAAUGGCAUUAAGGUGAACUUAUCAGCAACAGCGGGUACUUUUCCCUCUCUUACUUUUGCAAGACGACAUUUUGCUUACCAGAUGUUAACUUAAUGGACAGAAAUUCUGCCUGGGUUCCUGACUGGAAGCCAUACAAGAGUUUGCCUUCCUCUUAGCAUACUAUUUUGCUUUGAACUCACAUUUUGCACUCAUUGCUCUUGAGUCACAAUGGGUUUUGGCACUUUUUCACUGGGCAGGGAUCGUAACUGGGAUGAGUAGAAAUUGGCUGCUCCCACAGUCCCAACCUAGAGGUGAUGGCGCUAUCUACAGACCUAGGUUGGUGAAGGUAUUCAGAAGUAGCUCAUAUUGUUGACUUGUCUUAAGCUGGGUUUUCUAACCUCUUCUCCCUCCCACCUCAAGAGUUAGGCUAGAGGUGCUCUGUCAGCAGAUGAGCAGUUUCUAGUGAAGCCAUGGUUUCUGUCCAUGCAACACCAAAGUCUCUGGAAGGUGCAAGCAAUAAAGUUGUUACAGUUUUAACACAAUCUAGCGUCAGUUUCUGUCUCUUUCCCUUUCUCUUCAGUCCCUCCACCCCACCAGCACUCUGUCUGCUCAGCCCUGCCAUUGUGGGUUCAAGCUUUUUCUGCAUAUGCAACCAUGUAAAUCUAAACUGGCUUUUUUCAUUCACAGGUUUAAUAAUGAUCCCUCCAUAGAUGUCCUCUUACUCACCACUCACGUUGGUGGACUGGGCCUUAAUUUAACUGGAGCUGACACAGUGGUAUUUGUUGAACAUGACUGGAAUCCAAUGAAAGACCUCCAAGCCAUGGAUCGAGCACAUCGUAUUGGACAGGUAAAACAUAAAUUGCUGCUGAUUUGGGAGCAAUUAAAACCAUUUCAAUAAAUCCAAAAUCGGUUUAAGCUUCCUAAACCAAUGCCAUAAAUGCCAUCAUUCAGAGUUCGUGCUUUCAGUUUAUAACCACCAUUUUCUAAGAUAAUGGAGAUGUGGAGCUGAAAGCAUUAGCAUAGACUAGCUAGCGAAGAGAGAUUCAAGGCAAAAAGUUCUGGUUAAUGCAGUCUUCGUCCUCCUCCUGAAAAAAAUGUUUCUUCACUUUUCACCCUGCCCAAAAAUAGAUAUUUGCUAUUUACCAGAGAAGGGAUCUCAUUAACACCCAAGAUAAUUCCUAGGAAGAAAAAAUACUGUCCUAGGAAGGAAAAAAGACUAUUUAUGUAUUCCAUAAUUUCUUGCAAUUUAUUCCAUACUCCUUUAAAGGUCCUCAUUGGGGUGUGCUUCCUUUCUUUCCUCUCCACCGUUGAGCCAGGCUUGGGUUCUCUUAUGCUGUGAACAUUUUUGUCUUGUUCAAAACCUGGAUUGAAAGUACAGUGAAAAAUUUGCUUCCAGUGACGAAGGCCUCUAUUGGUUCCUUUAUUUUCUAUUAUGGUGUAAUGGAGUGUAUAUCGAGUGUCUUUCCCUACAUCUUCUUUUACCCUGUGGUAGUUUCUUGAACGCUCACGAAUAUUAACUGUCUCCUGCAGAAACGAGUUGUUAAUGUUUAUCGCCUGAUUACAAGGGGAACCUUGGAAGAAAAAAUAAUGGGUCUGCAGAAGUUCAAAAUGAAUAUUGCAAAUACGGUGAUUAGUCAAGAGAAUACUAGUCUACAAAGCAUGGGGACAGAUCAGCUACUUGACCUCUUCACACUCGACAAGGUAAAGAGUAGCUCGCAUAUGAUCUGAAAGCAAGCUGCUAAUGCUACCGUAGUUGUAAUGCUUUGGAUUAGUCAACAAUGUUGGUAAGAUUUGUUGUGGAAUUAUAGCCAUUCUCCCUUUAUGCCGGAAGUCUUUCAUUUCAUUGAUGUGAGAAAGAUAAGUACCCUCUUGCUUCUGCUUGCUAUCGUGUUGUAAUUUGCAGAGACUGAUUUAGGGUUGUUGGAUCUUUUAAGUACUGAUUUAUGUAUUUGCAGAUGCUUUCUGGCUCUUAAAAUACAUAGAUUUCAAUGUGCUUCUCUUUCUCUUUUUCUUCUACAUCACCUUCCAAAUACCUUCAAGGAUGGAAAAAAUGAAAAAUCAGAUGCUGCCCCUUCUGCUUCUGGAAAAACAACUAUGAAGUCCGUUCUUGAGAAUCUUGGAGACCUGUGGGAUCAAGAACAGUAUGACUCCGAAUAUAGUCUUGAAAAAUUUAUGCAUUCACUCAAAUGACCAUUUUAAUACAGUGGUUGCUAGUUGACAUUUUCAGCUGAUAUUCAGCAACUCUCAAAGCAAUUAUAGUGGACUUCAAGCAUAACAUGUAAAUAUACUUGUGGAAAAAUUAUGAGAAAGGGCUGGCAUUUUGAAUAGAGCCACCUUUGUCACUUUGGGAUAGUUAAAGUCUUAAAUACUUGCAUUAUACAAAACCUCUAAAUGUAAACUUACUGUAAGGUAGUUCUGAAUUUCCAGAAUAGCUACAGAUUCUUAUUUGAUAGAAAAAUAAAACAGGUCUUAACAGGUUUUGCACAUGUUGAUAAGUGUUACUUCUCUUUUGAAAUAUGCCUGUUGCUCCCUCUUCCCUCAAGCUGCAGUAAUUUGUACAGAGUGUUUGAGUAUUUAACUAGUUUGUUCUUUUAAACCUCACUUUAGCUAACUUUCAUAGUAUACUUUAAGAAUGUUUAGUCUAACAAGUUAGAAUGAGGUUUAGAUCUCUUCAGGAUAUAUACAUUGAUAGAAUAAUGGCGAAGCCUAUCACUCUGGAAGAAUAUUAGGGAAUUAAAUGAAACUUCAAGUAUUAAAGUUCUCAACUUUAUAUUUAAGUAUGUGGUGCUCUUCAGUCUUCUGACAUUUUGAGAGCAGUUGACUUUUUCAUAGGAAUUGCAGGUAAUGGCUUAUUUUAGGCCAUUUCCACAUCCUGUUUAGAGGGUGCCAUUUUUAAAGUUUGUGUGUGUACAUAUCUAUAUGUAUAUAUGUGUGGCUAGCACAUAGCCCAGUUAAGAAAGCAAUUGUAUGAAGUAGACUUCAAUCCUAUUUUUUUUUAACCAAAAGAGCAAAUAUAUAAACAGAGUUUUUCUAGCAGUAGAUCUUAUAAAAUUGAGGUUCCAUGCUAGAAAGACUCUCUAAUGCAUGAACCUCUUAAGUGAAAGAGGGAAGAAGCUUUGAGGUCCAGAGAGGUAGUCUAUUUAGAAAUGCCUUCAGGGCAUCAGAGGAAAAGAAGUAUUUACAAGCUGAAAUCAUGUAACAAAUUUUAGGAAGCUUUAAUAACAGAGUAAGAAUAACAAGAGUUGUACAUUUUUUUUUAAAAAAGUGUCUUCUAAAAGGGAGUCAGUAGUGACAUAUGUCUGUGCAUAGAUGUGCAUGUCUGUACCAAACGUGGACACGGUUUUCUAAAUAUAUUAAAGGCAAACCUACAUAAGCUGUCAGAAUGCAUACAUGAAAUAUAUGUUUAGUUGUCAUAUCUAGGGUUGGCGCUUGCUGUGCAAUUCAGCAUCGGAGCUUGAAUAGCCAUGAGAUUUCAACAACAUAAAGAGAUGGUUUUAAAUGUUGACUUACAGAGCAAGGUCAUUUUGCAGCACUUGCAUAUGAAUGGACGUGUGUCAGAUUUCAGUAGAUAUAUGAACUGCCAUACUGUAACAUUAAAUUAGCAUUCCGUAAAAAAAAAAAAAUUAAAAAAGCCAAACUGGCAUUAAUCAUCCCGUUAUAUAUCUCAUGUAGUUCUUUCUGUAUAUUUGGUCAUAAACCUGACAGCUGCAUGGAAAAAAUAAAAUAAAAUUGGCAUUUC